CUCCGCUACAGAGCCCCACUCACCAGGCUUGUGGUUCCCUGCAUUUGAGCAAGGCUCCAGCGAGGCUGAGACCUAAACUUCAACUUCAACUUCAACCAUCCAUCUACAACAAACACAGUCCAUCUCAUCACAUCGCGCUGCCGCAUAACGACUCCGGCGGCGCGGGCCACUACUACGAUACCGAUAAUGCGAUAGUAUAGAUUUGAUUCUGCUGCGCCACGCAAGCAAUCGCCAAAAUGUCGGGCGGCCAGCAAUCGUACCAGCUCUCCGAAUACCUGGAGAAGUUGCCAGGGACUACCUUCCGCAAGCUCUACCAGCAGCCCUCGACCGCCUUUGCCAUCUUCCGCCGCAUGCUGCCCCCUCUGGCAAAGGUCUUCGUCCAGGCUCUUCUCUACAUGCCGUCGCCGCUACUCCUCGCUGAACUCGAUGUCUGGGUACGCGCCGAGGGCAAGAUGCAGCGCGACCGCGCCCUCUCGAUUCUUCGAUCGCUGCAUAUCAUCCAGAUUACCCCGCCCGGGAAGGACAAGCCGCAAGAGAUGCAGCUCACCACAAACUUUAAGAACAGCCUGCGUCUGGCUCUCGAGGGAGGCGGUUCCCACAACAGCUUCGGCGUCCCGAGUACCUUGCCCGUCGACCCCCGGAUCGACAUUGCCCACCUCGAUCACUACGCCCGUAAAAAAUGGGAGGAUAUACUGCAUUACGUCGUCAACAGUGUUCCGGCGCAGGGCGAUGGAGGAGGCAGUAUUUCUACCGCGGGGCCCAAGACCAGUGUGAAGGAGCUUCUGUUGCUCGGGCGACUGGUCGAACUCAGGCGUGAUACAAGGGCAGGCGUUGGAAUUACGCAGGCCGGCUUCACCUUUCUACUUCAGGAAGCGAACGCUCAGGUCUGGACGCUGCUUCUCCUCUGGCUCGAAGCGGCCGACCGCGCUAAGGGAGAAGCCAAAGGGGCAGCAGCGAAAACCGACAGCAUCGACAUGCUGUCAUUCCUCUUCAUGCUGGCGUCGCUCGAGCUCGGACGCGCGUAUAAUACGGACGCUCUCACCGAAACCCGCCGCAACAUGCUCCCCCACCUUGUCGAUUUUGGCUUGAUACUUGUCCCGCGCGAAGACACCCGACAGUACUUCCCAACCCGCCUCGCCACCACCCUAACCAGCUCCGCCUCGUCCCUCCGCUCCGUCUCGUCCGGCUUCAGCGCCGCAGCAGCGAACAACCCCGGGGACGCCUCCAGCCUAGGCACAACCCCCGAGACGUCGGCCGCCAGCAAGGGGUCCAUCAUCAUCGAGACCAACUACCGCCUCUACGCCUACACCUCGUCGCCGCUCCAGAUCGCCGUCUUGGCCCUUUUCACGCAGCUUAACAUGCGCUUCGCCGGCAUGGCCACGGGCCGCCUGACGCGUGACUCGAUCCGCCGCGCCAUCGGCUUCGGCAUCACGGCCGACCAGAUCAUCAGCUACCUGGCGUCGCACGCCCACGACCAGAUGGUGCGCGCCGCGGCGGCUACCGGCCGGCCCGUGCUGCCGCCGACGGUGGUGGACCAGAUCCGGCUGUGGCAGCUCGAGAACGAGCGGAUGCGCACGUCGGCCGGCUUCCUGUUCAAGGACUUCGACUCGCUGGAGGAGUACGUGUCCCUGAGCAGCUACGCCGACGAGAUCGGCGUGCUGGUGUGGCGGAACGACAAGAAGAGGAUGUUUUACGCCAUCAAGAUGGAGCAGCUGAGGGACUACCUCAAGAGCCGGAAGAAGGCGGAGUAAUCUGGGGUGGAGGGGCCCGCGGAGUAGCGUUUUGGAAGCUGGGAUUACCGCAUUACAUGGAGUUGUGGGGCGUUCAAAAGAGGUUUGUCGUCACCUUUAGUGACAAGUUCUAGGGAAUCAUGAGUUGAUGAAGUGGCUGUUUGUGACCUGCUGAUGUAAUAUUGUUGUCAACCCAGCUGCGUAUAACAAGCCAGGUGCGAUUAUUGUAACACAAUCCCAUUCCGCUUGACCACAGCAAAAGCCGUGGUUAUACUCGCCAUGAUUCAACUAUCAUGCACCCCUAGAAUGCA